AUGAGGCAGAGGCGAUGGUUGGAAACGGUCAAGGACUACGAUUGUGAAAUACACUAUCACCCCGGGAAAGCCAAUGUAGUGGCAGAUGCGUUGAGCCGAAAGGUGGAUUAUGCCCCGAUACGAGUACAAUCAAUGCAGCUUAUUGUGACCUCGGGCCUACUAAAACGAAUCCGAGAAGCACAAGUUGAAGCAGUGAAGGUGGAAAACUGGAAAAAGGAAAGAAUUAUCGGCCAAUUUAAGGAUCUUGAAGAAGGCAAUCAUGCUUUGAAAACACGUUUCAAUAGAAUCUGGGUUCCUAACACAUGUGGAGUUAAAAAGCUUCUACUCGAUGAAGCUCACAAAUCCUUCAAGGCAGAGCACCAAAAACCAUACGGUAAACUCCAACCGUUGGAAAUUCCGGUUUAG